AUGGAAGCACAGAACCCCCAGGUGAACAGAAUGGCACAUAGUAAGGAAUCAGAGACUAAAAGUUUCAGUGAGUCUCAUUUAAGUGCUCACGUCCAGGGUCCUCCGAAUGGUGAUGACAAUGAUGACGAUGUGAUAGAAUGCACAGUACGUCAACCACCACACGGUGUUGCACACUUGUCCCAGGAAAUCGAUACUGCUGAGGUUACAAUAGGCUCACAAAAUGAAAAAAGUAAAAGUCACAAAGACUGUACUGUUCCAAAUAAAUCUUCUGUGAUGGAAGAUGAAAAUGAGUUGGUUAAUAGUGAUGAGAAAAAGAACUGUGAAGUGUCACAUAAAGGUCAUGGUGGUUCUGCUCGAACAAAUAGUAAGAAAAAUGGAAAUAGCAAUGAAACGUCAAUGAAACCAGAGGCUUACAAUAUGACAGGUGUUGAAGAAGUAGGGAAAGAGAUAGCUACAUAUUCCAUAGAAAAUGAAGUCCACAGUUUACAAGAGGUGGAAGAAGACAACAGGAGUGCCACUAACAAAAAACCUCAAGACGUGGCACACAAAAUGUCUGGAAAGGAAGUAAAUGCCAAGGACCACAUGAGCCAAAGAAAAAAGCAUGAAAAUAACAGGAAGUCACUGAAUAAGGAAGGUGCAGAAUGCAACAGAGAAAAAGAUGCUGUGUCUAUAAAGAAAUCCAAGAAAUUGGCUAAGGAAAAUACUAAAGGCCAGUUGACCAAAUCUGUUGUUGAUAACAAGUGUAACGAGCCCAGUAAUAUUUCUGGCAAUAUGAUUGUUGCAGAGAAAUGUAAUGUACAGGAUACUCCAAAAGACUUUUCAACUGUUCACCAGCAUUGUGUUGUGGGGAGAAAUGACCAAGGCAGCCAGCCUUUGGAUGUAAAGAGAGACCAUAACAAAGAACAAGAUUCUUCUAAAGCAAAGAAAUCAACAAAGUCAAGGAAUGAAAGCAGUAAGGUUUGUUUGGCCAAAUCCAUUGUUGGUAACACAGUUAGUGAACAUGACAAAAUUGUUGGGGACCCUGUUAUUGUAGAGAAAGUUAAAGUACAGGAUACUUUAGAAAAAAAUUCAGAUACCCGUCAUCACAAUGUUCCUGAAAGUGAAGAAAAAAGAAGUGAAGUCAUCCAUCCAUUGAAUAUGGAAGGAGAACUUGUCUGUGCAGACAUUACCACAGUCAAGACAUGUACAGAAUUGAGGAAAGAAAGUAUUGAGGAGUCAUUUACCAGAUCCACUGUUGAUAGCAUUUACCAUGACUUGGAUAAUAUCCCUAACAAGCACAGAGCUGUCGAGCAAAGUGAAAUGCAGAAUACUUCGAAAAACAUUCCAGAUGCCCAACAUCUUAAUGUGGAUAGUUCUGAAAAUGAUGUAAAAGACAAUGAAGACCAUCAACCUUCGUUUGUGUCUAAUAACUCUGCAGAUAGCAGUAAUAUGUAUGUAAUUAUCAAAUACGAAGGGAACGGCCCCCGUAUGCAACAGAAGGAAUCUGAAGAUUUAUCUGAUACAACUUUUACACUUAUGGAUGAAGCGGGCUCUCAUACGCUUAGUGUUACUGGAUUUUUUGAUUUACUCAGUAUCUCUCCAGAAAAAGUGAGUCCCAGGGUUUUGAACAGAUCAACCAAUGAGCCUGAUUUAACAUCCAAAUCGGCAACAGUGCCUUUAGUUCAUGAGGAAGAAAGAAGUGUGUCUCAUACAAAGGCAGGAGGUUCCGUAUCACUCCAGGGGUCUUUACACUUAAAGCAAUCUUCUAAGAAGGAACACCACAGUGGACAUUCCGGUAGUAAGACAAGCCGUGAGCGUAGAAGAGAAGGACAAGUAAAGCAUACAAAUUCUAGUUAUAAACAUCGAAUAGGUGAGAAAUCAUUAAAGACAUCAGAAAGUAGAGCUUCUAAUAAAACUAAAAGGCUGUUUCAGUCACCUGAUAAAAUAAUGAGUAAAUACAGACAUGGAGUCAAAGGGUCACCGAGAAGUAGCACAUUUCAACGUGAUCGUAGUGUGACACCUUCCAGGGUUCCACCUAGAAGACUUUCAACUGAUGGUACGAAACCUAGAAGGUUACCAUUGAAAUCUCCUCGACCACCUUCCAAAUUGAGCUCGUCAGUGACAGUAGAAAGUGUAAUUAAAAGAGGAACUCCUGUUUCGAGGCUGAAAGAUAUGCGCCAUAAAUCUAGUCAUAAAAGAGAAAGUGUGUCUCAGAAUCCAUCAAAAAAGUGCUCUUCUUCUGGCACACAAGUGGAGGGAGAAACUGUGAAACACAAAAAGGAAAAGUGUGAUUUAGGUCAUGUGCGUAACAGCAGUGACUCGAUGGCUGUCAGAGAUCGCAGGGACAGUCUGCAGGGUGCAGCAUGCUCACUUUUGAAGAAGGUGCGCGAAGAUGCCUCUGUAACAGAUUCUGGAGAUGAUUUGAUGACAUAUGCUCUGAUAGGCAGUGUACGGGAAGAAGACUCGAAUAGCAGUACUCAGCAGCAGUCUAAUGAAGCAGCUUCAAGGGAAAACUGGAGUGAUUCUCGUUCAUCCCAUGCAGUAGCCACAUCAUCCAAUGAGGACUUGAAGAUACUACCGCCGAAGAAACGGAAACCAUCAACUGAAGAUGGUCUUGCACAGGUGGAGAAGAAGAUACACACAGAAUUUUCGCAGCGACUCCUUAAAGGCAUAGAUGUUGACAACUUUUUAAAUUAUGUGCAUGAUGGUGAGAAAAGGCACAAAGACUAAGUUUUAAUUUUUGGUGCAGUGUAAUGUGACAGACAGCUAAUGUGCAGCAUGAUGUGCAACAGUAUGAAGUAGUUGGUGCACACAAUUUUCUUCCCCCUUUCCAAAGACAUAUUUUGUAGAUAUUUUAGUGUUGGUUGCCACGAAAUAAGUACAAACAGUAAACUUGUAUAAAAACUGUCAUCCCACCUGUAAUGAAUUCAUAUUUAGUUUUAUUGUAUGUAUGUUUUGUAAUGAAAAUAUGUAAAGCUCAGGAAAGUGAUUUGUAAAAUGUUGUUCUAGUUUUGAUAAUUAUAUAUAAAACUAAGAUUUGAUACUCUGU